AUGGAUUUGAUCAGGGUAGCGAAGGUCCCAGACGUCCAGCUCAUCCGACGAGGCGUCACGGUGACUGGGACGCUGCAUUUAACGACACAUCACCUUAUCUUUUCUGCGCCGAAUACGGAGUUAUGGGUGUGUUAUCCGAUCAUCCACACCCUCGAUCGACGACCCAAUUUCGGGGGGAUGUCAGCCCUGCGACUCCGCUGCCGGGACUUUGUCUUCGUCACGUUCAAUUUCACGGAUGAGGGACAGGCGAAUGAUGUGUUCGAGUCUGUCAAGGCUUUGUGCUGCAAAGCAACGAUUGAGAGCAUGUAUGCGUUCUUUUAUACACCCGGCAAAUCCGAGGCAGCGCAGAAUGGGUGGGGGUUGUGGGAUCCGGUAAAGGAGUAUCAACGAUUGGGGGUUGGCAGUCAGAAUCCCAAUUGGCGGAUAACCAAUGUUAAUAAGGAUUAUACGUUCUCACCGACAUACCCAGCAGUCUUAGCAGUACCCGCAUGCAUCUCCGAUAACGUCCUCCAAUACGCCUCAAAAUACCGCAGCAAGACGCGAGUACCAGCUCUGACAUACCUGCAUUCAGUCAACGGGUGUUCCAUCACACGGUCGAGUCAGCCUAUGGUGGGGUUGAAGCAGGCGAGGAGUAUACAGGAUGAGAGAUUGGUAAAGUCGAUAUUCGAAACGACGCCGGGGAGUCAUCCACACCCUACCCUAUCGCACUCCACAUCCUCGACAUCACUCUCAAGCACGACAUCAAAUUCGAACUCCAACUCCACCAAUCCCACGUCAGUCCUCGCACCAGCUGCUCCGCCCUCACUUUACGGCGGCGGUUGUGGGUCGGAUAACUUGAUUGUGGAUGCUCGGCCGACGAUUAAUGCGAUGAGUAAUAACUUGAUCGGUGCUGGCACCGAGAAUAUGGAGCAUUAUCCUGACGCGAAAAAGGUGUAUUUGGGGAUCGAGAAUAUUCAUGUCAUGCGGGAUUCUCUUAACAAAGUCAUCGAAGCGAUCAAGGACUCAGAUUUGACCCCACUACCCCCAAAUCGCGAACUCCUGGCCAAGAGCGGCUGGCUAAAGCACAUCUCGGCAAUCAUGGACGGAGUCUCCAUUAUCGUCAAAACCCUCCACCACCAAAACUCCCACGUCCUAAUCCACUGCUCCGACGGCUGGGACCGUACCUCACAACUCUCCGCUCUCGCCCAACUCUGUCUCGACCCGUACUACAGAACACUCGAGGGAUUCAUGGUGCUUGUCGAGAAAGAUUGGUUGAGUUUCGGACAUCGGUUCAACGAUCGGCAGGGCUAUGUUGGGUCCGAGAAGGCGUUCGUGGAUAACCGGAAAGAGAGACUCGAGGGUCCAGGGGCGGGGUUACAGAGUCGGUGGAUGGAGCUGCGACGAAAGGCGGAGAAGGACACCAACACCCAAAACACCUCGCCUGUGUUUCAUCAGUUUUUGGACGGGGUGUAUCAGAUCCUGAGACAGUCUCCUAAGAGAUUCGAGUUCCGCGAAAGGUUUUUGAGGAGGUUGUUAUACCAUUCGUAUUCAUGCCAAUACGGCUCGUUUCUCUACAACAACGAGCGGGAACGCCAUGAAGCGAAUCUCCGCCACCGGACGCGGAGUGUUUGGGAUUACUUCCUUGCGCGGAGGAGUGAGUGGAUGAAUCCAUCCUACGUACCAGAGGAAUCGGGAAGAGUGGAGGGAGUCAUCGUACCGGAGGGGAAGGGGGUCGUGUGGUGGGCGGAGGGGUUUGGGAGGAAGGAUGAGGAGAUGAAUGUUAUGAGUACUAGUGUACAAAGUCCGACGAGUUUGAGUCGGGCGGAUACGCCGGGGAGUGCGCCUGGUGCGUACCCAAGCGAUGGAGUGAGGAAGGAGGAGGUACAGGAGGUGAAGGAAGUCAAGGAGCCAUUGGCAGGGACGGGGAGGGAUGAGAGGGUUGGUGAUGGGGAGGUUGUUAAAGAAGUCGAGGCUGCUGAUGGGGUGGAGAUGAAUUUCGAGAGGAGGAUGGGGGGGUUGGAGAUUGGGCCGUUAUGA